GGAAUUACUCUAUUGUGAACACAACAUUUAUUUAGUGCCACGCCCCUAGUUGAUUACACAAAAAGCACCAUUGCAGGCAAAAAGAGGUUCAGUCAAGCAAGUGUAUCAUCAUGGAGCACCAACUAUAAGCAAAUUGGUUACAGCUCUAGUUUGACAAUGGAAGGUGGUCAGGAAAAGUAUGAGCCGCUACCAAGAUGGGGCCAUGUCUCAGUGGCUAUCGGAGACAAGAUGUACUUGUGGGGAGGACGAAUUGAAAACUUCUCUGAAGACAGUCAGAAAAAACUUGCAUCAUUUGUAGAGGUGUUUGACUUCCAGUCAGAGCUGUGGGAGCAAAGGUCAACCUCUGGUACACCCCCUAAUGGGCUCUACAACUGUGCCUACACUAACAUAGGUAACAAGAUAUUUGUGUAUGGGGGUUGGGAUGGACUGACCAAUCACGGCUCUCUGCACUCACUUGAUGUGUGUACAAUGAAGUGGGAGGAGCUUCAAGUGACUCCCUCUCCCGAAACACCCAUGAAGAUGAGUGGGUGUGGUCUUGUAUCCUAUGGCGACAACAAGUUGAUCUUGUUCGGUGGGUAUGGCGUUCCUGUGAGUGGACAACAAGUUAAGGGUGUGCGGUUCAAGACGAACAAAGACUCUGAGAGUGGUGGAGGGAGUGAGAAAGGUGGAGCUAGUGUGAGUAGCGAGGGGGGUGAUGAUGACAGUAUAACGGUACUCAAGGACAGCGCAAGUGGAGGAGAGCAAAGAAAAGGAGACGAUGACGAAUCAGACGAGGACGAAAUGAAAGCAAUGACCAAUGACGUGAAAGUUUUUGAUGUCAACGAAAAUAAGUGGAGCAGUCCAACUGUGUCCGGUGAGUGCCCCCCUCCUUGUGUGGACUUCUCCUUUACAAAAGUGGAUGACCAUCGAGCUGUCGUGUUUGGAGGGUUCCAGCCGGAGACGGGUACCACCUCUGAUGCAUAUACGCUCGACAUGGAAUCAUGGCACUGGAUUAGACUUGGCAGUGAGACUGGGUCUUUGUGCUCCAUCAACAUUGCCUGGCCUAAGGGGAGGGAUGGACAUGCCUCCUGCGUCUUGUCUGGAGGGCCACACCCUCAAGUGCUCAUGACUGGGGGAUGGGACAAGCAAAAUCAACUGCUCUACGAUGCCUGGGUACUGGAUGUCACCUCAGGCUCGUGGACGGAACUCCCAGGAGUUGCCAGCUCAGCAGGAGGGGGGGCUAGGCUUUGGCAUACUGUGAGCUGCUUCUCCUUCAGUGAGAACCUGAAGCGACUGGUCAUCUUUGGGGGCUGUCCCUCUUCUCCUGAUGAGACUGACGAUGGAGAGUCCUGGGAAAAACUGUCUGACACCAUCCUGGUGGAAGUGGGUCAUAUUGAGCCCCUGUCUACACUGGAGCCUGGCUUUGCUGACCAAGGCUAUACAAUCACGGAGUGGGUGGUGCUAGACUCGGUGAACCACACCCAGAUGGGACAGCCCAUACGCAGAAUGAAGGAGAUGGUCCUGUUUACUCAUUACAGGUCUAUACGAGCUGAGUCAUUGGCCAAAGACAUGAUCCGAAAGUUGGAGACCCUCUCCAUUCGUCACAGUCGCAGUGUCACUCCUUCAAUGGGAGAUCAAGAGAUCUUUGCCUCUAUGGCCUCUCUGAAUAAGGACGUGCCCUUCUGGGUCGUGCCUCCACAAGAUGUCGACAUAACACCCACAGAAAUCGGUCGAGGCAAGUGGGCGGUGGUGCGUGUGGCUCGUUUCCGAGGAGAGAGAAUUGCUGCAAAGUGUUUGACUAACCCCAUAUUCUCCGAAGAAAACCGAAAGAUUUUCAUAGAGUGUAUGGACCUGGCGGCCAAAAUGCAUCAUCACCCAAACCUUCUGCCAUUUUAUGGAGCCAUACUGGAGGGUGAGCCGAUCAUACUCACCGAGUUGAUGUACGCAAACCUGAGAGUCCUUGCCGAAAAGAAUCAACUAUCGUACAACCAAGUCACAGAGAUCGCACUGGACGUUGCUAAGGGCUUACAGUUUCUGCACUCAACCAAACCCGAUCCCAUCGUACACGGAGAUCUCACGUGUACUAGUGUGUUAGUCGAGCAAGGAAAGGGGAACAAAUGGAAGGCAAAGCUCUCUGACUUCAUGACAGCCAAAUUCUUUAGACAGCUGAUAGCUUCGGACCCCUCCGCCGAGCGAGCCUUUUCUCCCGGUCGAAGGGACAGAUCACGUUCCUUUUCUGAGAAAUCCAUGUCACCUCCAGCACGAAACCAAAAGCGGAAGGAGAGUAUCACUCCCAGUGAUUAUCAGGAUUCGAGUGUGCUCACUCUGGAAAAAGACAUCUUCUGCUACGGCCUUAUUCUGGUUGAGGCAUGCACAGGAAGUCUACCUAUGGAGAUCUCACUGAGUUUCUUAAUCGAGAGCAUUCGAUGGUCGGAUAUGAACGCUCUUGUCAAAGAAUGUCUGGAUCUCACACCGAAGAAACGGCCUGUAAUGGCUGCUGUUAUUGAUAGGCUCACAAUUUUGUUACAUGCAAUUUCUAUUAAAUCUAUACGUUAAUUGAUCACUCUCUGUCAAUGUAAACUUUUAUAAUAGUCACAAACACUUGUCCUUUUGUAGUAGCUAGAUGUCAAAAACAAUAAUUAUUUAGAUUUCUAAAAAUGUCACUUAAAUGGUGGUUUAGUCUUUGUUUUUGUGCUACAUGUAUCUGUUACUACUUUUGGCUGUGUCUUCCCUGCUACUGCUCUUUGACUCUUCAUUUUAGAACGAAUUUUCUGCAAGAAAGAAAUUGUGUCAACCUUG